AUGACUGACUUUGACAGCGCUGCUGCUGCUUUUACGCCCAUGUUCAGCACUAGCGCCAAGGACACAACAGCCUUUCAUACCUCGUCUGCACCCCUCGAUUUCCCCUGUCUUCCCGCAUCCCUCCUUGACCAAGCACCAGAGUAUGAAUAUUCCCUGCACACACGCAUGAACGUUUUUAAUACAUGCAACUACAACGCCGACAUUCCCUCAUUCACCCCUGCUGCAAAUUGCACAUUUCUGCUCGCCCCUCGCAAUAGCACAUUGCCCAUGGCGUCCACUAGCGACUUUGAUGAUGCUGUUCUGGCCGCCAACGCUUCCGAUUUGACAUACUUGACCGGUCCCUCAGUGGCUGCUUUGGCUGAUGCGGGUCCUCCAGUGCUUCAUCCAGGAUACGCACCCAACAUGAUACAGCAACUUCGACAUGACCAGAGGCUCUCCCUCGAAUGUGACGACGUGUACAAGGCGAAAUCCGGUCCAUCUCGUGCAGUGCAAUGA